UUUUUUAAAAGUUUAACUGAUUUUCUAUAAGAAGGACAAAAAUGCAAACUUCAAAAAAAUCAUAAAAUUAAUGAAAAAACCCGAUUUUUAUUUUUUGAAGUUGUAUUUUCAACCGCUUGGCAAUGGCUUGUCUGCGAAAUUUACUGUUGCUUUCAUUCUUCACCCUAACUUUAGGAAGCAGUAUGUUCAAGAAAAUGAAUAGAAUCUCCAAACCAACAUGGUACCAAUCCGUGAACAAACAGAUUAAAGAGCCAGGUAUUAUACAGUGCGCAGGAGCAUGUAGAAUGAUGAAGGAUACUUGCAAUGCUGUCCAUUUUGAAACUUCAAAUAACACAUGCUCCCUUGCAGAGUUGAGUUUACUGGAGGAGCUUCCGCUUGAAGAAGCAUUCCCUGUUUUCAUAGAAACUGAAGCGUUCAAGUUGCUGAAUGAGAAAGAAAAUUUUCUCCUCAUUGGUGAAGGAACUGAUUUGGUGCAAUCCUAUCCCUGUAACUUUGCUUUACCUGCAGAAACUUAUUUUAUGCGAGGAGGGAUUGCUACUCUGAAAGGAAAGGUUCAUAUCUACAAUUUUCAAACUAACAAGUGUUUCCACCGCAGCAUGGUGUCUGUUGGAGGUUGGGAGGAUAAACCUGACUGUGUUUCACCACCUAGACAGAACCCAACAUUAACGACUGUAGGACAGUUUAUUAUCAUGACUGGAGGCUAUGUUGACAAUUCAUUCCCUAUUGCUACUAUUGAGCGUUUUGAUGGUAAAACCUGGACAACCCUUAGCACAAAGCUAAGCAGUAAUACAUGUGCUCACUGUGCUGUCGGAAUUAGUGAUACAGAACUGAUUAUGAUUGGUGGCGUAAAUCGUAUGAAUAAGGUAGAGAAAUAUGAUGUUGAUGGUAAUCUGGUUGAAACACUUCCAAACCUUCUCACUGGAAGGGAUCACCUAGGGUGUGAUAUUCACCAGGGAGAAAUCUAUGCUGCAGGAGGGUCUAACGGAGGUGUUGUAUCUGUUGUGGAGGUGUACAAUAUGGAAAGUAGAACCUGGAGAAACAUUGCCAGCUUAAAAUCAGCUGUAGCCUUCCCAAACCUGCAUGUUUAUAAGGGAAAUCUUACCAUGUUUGGUACUGGUAGUACAAUGGAGAUUUACAAUGGAGUAACAUGGGAGGUUUCUUCAGAACCUCUUGGAAAGAUAUUUUCAAGGGGAAGCUCAGUAAAAGUACCAUGCCUUUAAGAACCUAAUUCAUAUUUCUGUAUGCACUGUUUUAAAUAUACUAACUCAUCGUAA